AUGGAUGAUGAUCCACACACAACACAGAGUGAUUUAUUAAAAGAAUUUUGUGAAUUGAAUGUAAAGAAUAGUGAAAGUGGUAGUAUUGGUAGUGGUAGUAUUGGUAGUGGUAGUAUUGGUAGUGGUAGUAUUGGUAGUGGUAGUAUUGGUAGUGGUAGUAUUGAAGAGAUGGAUGGUCUUGAUUGGAAGGAUUAUUCUUUGAUGAAUAAUGAAUAUUUUCAAUUAUUGAUUUCACUUUGGAAACAACCAAUUGACCAUCAUUCUCAUCAUCAACAACAACAACCACCAUUACACACCAAAGAACAACAACCACAUCACUCAAUCAUGUUGAUGAUGAAAUUCUCCUCUCUUCACUCUUCAUCACAUUCUUCCAUUGUUGAAAAAUUUAUGUGCAUUCGAAAGGAUGAACAAAUCAUUUCUUCUCAAUUGAAUCAUUUAAAAUUGAAUUAUAAUUCUGAUACCAUUCGAGCGAUAUGUUUAUUUAAGAAAUUUGUAAAUAUAUCAAUAUUGAAUGGAUUAUUAAUAUUAUUUCAUAGUAUUAAUAUUUCGAAUAUCAUUGGUGAGGAAUGA